CUUACGUACAACGCCAUCUAUGUCCAGGGGACGUGAAACGAAUAUAUCGGGAGGGGGAUUUCCACGCAAAGCACUUCCUUUACUUGUUUUGCUUUCGAUCUGGACACUGAAAUAGGCUAAUAGUUUUCCUUUUGGUACGCAAAAUCACACACUACACGGGGAUAACUUUGCGACUGGCAAGAGGACUGUCGAUACCUCAAGUUGAAUAGAACACUUUAUCGCAGGCCACCAUGCCAGUGGAGAGGAUGCGAAUGCGACCAUGGCUGGAGGAACAGAUCAACUCUUGCCUAAUUCCUGGGCUGAAAUGGGUUAAUAGAGAGAAGAGGAUCUUCCAGAUUCCAUGGAUGCAUGCUGCAAGACAUGGCUGGGAUUUGGAAAAAGAUGCUCCUUUAUUCAAGAACUGGGCCAUUCAUACAGGAAAAUACCAACUAGGGGUCGACAAACCAGACCCGAAAACAUGGAAGGCUAAUUUCCGCUGUGCAAUGAACUCUCUGCCUGAUAUUGAGGAGGUGAAAGACAAGAGCAUCAAGAAGGGAACCAAUGCUUUCAGGGUAUACAAGAUGCUGUCUGCGUCAGAGCGCCAGACCAAGAAAGGAAAGAAAAGGAGGGAAAAAGAGGGGAAAAACAAGGAACAGGUGGAGCCCAGGUCCUCAUCCACGGAGAGCAUGAAUCGGUCUGUUGAAAACCAUGAAGUGGUGAGGAUAGAGGUGAAGGAUGAAGUGAAAAAGGAGUACAUUACAGACUGCACAGCUUCCUCAGAAUUUCUUCAUCCGGGCAGUCGCAGCCCUGGGGAUGACCAGCUGAUCAUCGAUGACCUGCCAUAUGUGUGUCAGACCAUCGAGGUGACCACGGAGAAUGAGGAGCAGUCAGUCAGCUCCAGCCACCCGUACCCACUCCAGAUCUCCCCUGUGUCCUCGUAUGGAGAGAGUGACACAGACAGUGUGCACAGUGAAGAGGACUCUAAGGAGCAUCUUCAUGGUGGGCUGUGGGGAUCAAGUUUAGCCUCCUCUGUGCUGAGAGUACCAUCGUGCUCACUACCCAGCAUGGCCACCUUUGUCACUACUGGAAAGGUAACCAACUUCAAAGUGACCAGCACCAGGGACCCCAUGCCCCUCAUCAGCUACAACAACAGCCCCUGGAAAAGGGACAUGCCAGCAGCCCUACACCCUCCUUCAGAGCAGGCUUCCUCCAGCCAGGUCUCUGCUGCAGAGACCCGAGCCAGCGUUAUCAUGAAGACCUCAGACAUCUCUAAGUCCUCUGUGAAGACCUGCUGAAGACCUGGCAGUGCAGUGACUCAAGAUAUGGGCCAGUCAGUGGCAGGCUUGGCGUGGAAAAGCCUUGAUCACAGCUGUCCUUCUUGUUAGACCAGAGUGCCUGCUGGCCUUGUUCGACCAGAGUGCCUACUCAUAGGAGUGACUGGGACAUACAGUACAGUAUAGGGGUACGGGGCUCUGUGAGCUGUAGAAUAUGGAUCGAUGCCCAAACUGAACCUCCCAAGAUCUCAGGGCCUUUUAGAUGCGAUGGGAGAGAAUUAAUCUACGAACUGUGAAAAUAUUUGUAGGGCAUCUCAUCCCACUUUGCCCACUGUUAAUAAUGUACAUACUAAUUUGUCUGCGUAAUGGCAAACCGCUUCUGCACCUUAUGGAAAGCACUGACGGGGAUGUGUCUGGCCACUCUGGGCUGUGUAUGUGUGUACACUAACAGCAAAGCUGAAGCCAUAAUAGAGGCCUUGUAGAGGCCUUAUCUAUGGCUCACUUUGCAACCUUGUCUUUGGCCUUCAAGGAGAUGCCAUCCAUAGGAUAAAAGGAUGAAGUGAAUAAAUGCACUUGGUAAUUUAUCUAGAUGCCUUUUAAGGCACUCUCUUUUAAGCAUAUAUAUAAGCAUAUAUAUAUAUAUAUAUAUAUAUAUAUAUAUAUAUAUUAUAAAGGUACAUUUUAAUCUAAGGUGGACAAUUAUACAAUUUGUAUAUUUUUCCUCCAAAAUUAAAGAUUUCUGAAUAUUUGUUAGAUUACUUUUUUUUAUUGUUAUUUACAUGACACAUGAGGAAAAAUAUAUAUAUUUUCCAUCAACAUUUUCUGUCUGCAUUUGUGACAUCUACUGUAUGUGAAAUUGUAUAUGCUUGUAGCUUACUGUAUGUGUGUGUGUGUGUAUAUAUACAUUACCAGUCAAAAGUUUGGACACACCUACUCAUUCAAGGGUUUUUCUUUAUUUUUACUAUUUUCUACAUUGUAGAAUAAUAGUUAAGACAUCAAAACUAUGAAAUAACACGUAUGGAAUCAUGUAGUAACCAAAAAAGGUGUGAAACAAAUCAAAAUAUAUUUUAUAUUUGAGAUUCUACAAAGUAGCCACCAUUUGCCUUGAUGACAGCUUUGAACACUCUUAGCAUUCUCUCAACCAGCUUAAGCUGAGCACUUUUUGGCUGCUUUUCCUUCACUCAGCGGUCCAACUCAUCCCAAACCAUCUCAAUUGGGUUGAGGUCGGGUGAUUGUGGAAGACAGGUCAUCUGAUGCAGCACUCCAUCACUCUCCUUCUUGGUCAAAUAGCCCUUACACAGCAUGGAGGUGUGUUAGGUUAUUGUCCUGUUGAAAAACAAAUGAUAAUCCCACUAAGUGCAAAUAAGAUGUGAUUAAGUAUCUCUGCAGAAUGCUAUGGUAGCCAUGCUGGAUAAGUGUGCCUUGAAUUCUAAAUAAAUCAUAGACAGCGGCACCAGCAAAGCACCAUCACACCUCCUCCUCCAUGCUUCACGGUGGGAACUACACAUGCAGAGACCAUCUACUCUCCGCAUCACCUACUAUGUGUCUCACAAAGAUAUGGAGGUUGGAACCAAAAAUCUCACAUUUGGACUCAUCAGACCAAAGGACAGAUAUCCUUGGUCUAAUGUCCAUUGCUAAUGUUUCUUGGCCAAAGCGAGUCUCUUAUUAUUAUUGGUGUCCUUUAGUAGUGGUUUCUUUGCAGCAAUUUGACCAUGAAGGCCUGAUUCACGCAGUCUCUGAACAGUUGAUGUUGAGAUGUGUCUGUGACUUGAACUCUGUGAAGCAUUUAUUUCGGCUGCAAUUCUGGUAACUCUAAUGAACUUAUCCUCUGCAGCAGAGGUGACUCUCUGGGUCUUCCUUUCUUGUGGCGGUCCUCAUGAGAGCCAGUUUUUAAAUGGCACUUGAUGGUUUUUGUGACUGCACUUGAAGAAACUUUCAAAAUUCAUGAAAUUUUCCAGAUUGACUGACCUUCAUGUCUUAAAGUAAAGAUGGAUUGUCAUUUCUCUUUGCUUAUUUGAGCUGUUUUUGCCAUAAUAUGGACUUGGUCUUUUACCAAAUAGGGCUAUCUUCUGUAUACCAGCCCUACCUUGUCACAACACAACUGAUUGGCUCAAACGCAAUGCACACCUGUUAAUUGAAAUGCAUUCCAGGUGACUACCUCAUGAAGCUGGUUGAGUGAAUGCCAAGAGUAUGCAAAGCUGUCAUCAAGGCAACUAGUGGGUACUUUGAAGAAUCUCAAAUACUAACACUUUUUUGGUUACUACAUGAGUCCAUAUGUGUUAUUUCAUAGUUUUGAUGUCUUCACUAUUAUUCUACAAUAUAGAAUAUAGUAAAAAUAAAGAAAAACCCUGGAAUGAGUAGGUGUGCCCAAUCUUUUGACUGGUACUGUAUGUAAUUGUGUGUUUUAAAUUAGAUGCUAUACAUUUACACACGUUUGAGUGUGUCACUGCACAUUCAGGGGCAACUCUUAAUCCUGUGGAUAAACAUGCAAAUCUUAAUAAAAAAUAUUGUUUUGUAA